GCUCGCCGUCUCUGCUGCGCUCUGCCCCCUACCCCCCUGCCCCUGCCCCUGCCGCGAUCUCUCUCUCUCUCUCCCUCCCCCCCUCGAAUCGCCGAAAUUUUCUCUCUCCUCCUCCUCCACCCCACCUCGGAUCGAGUCCAACCCCCCGCGCCCAGCCCGCUCCGCUGACCCCGCCCCGGAAUCCCCAAAUCCCCCCAAUCGAGCCCGACCGGAGCCCGCCGAUUCCGCCGGAUUCGAGCCCCCGCCGGUGAGGCGGUCCGCCUGAAUCGGCCGAUUGGACGCGAAUUCGGGCGUUCCGGAUGCGCGCGCAGCGGAGGCCCGCGGAUCUAGGGUUUCGGAGGGCCUAGGGUUGCCGCCCGGCGAUCUGGUGAUGGUGGCGCGGCGCGGCGCCGGAGCUCGGCGAGGAGGAGGGAUCGGCGGCGCCGUCAGGGAAGAUGCAGCGGGCCGGAUAUGCAUGGGUGGCGCGGCGCUGAGGGGUGCGACGGCAGGAGGCGGCGUCUCGUUCGGCUCAUGUGGCCAGCCGCUCGCGUAGAGGCAGAAGCUCCACCACCACCGGCACAGGGACCACCUACUUCCCCUUCCAGCUCAUCUGUUCCCCCGUCUCGGACUACUUCUUAUCCGCCGGAAUCGGCGGCGCGGAAGCAGGACUGCGUCGAUUCCCCUCGCCCCGUGUCACCCGACUCGUUUAUAAAGGACGGGCGUGAGAUUCGAGUUGGCGAUUGUGCACUUUUUCGGGCUGUUGAUGUUCCUCCAUUUAUUGGAUUGAUACGUUGGAUUGAGAAAAAAGAAGAAGGCUAUCCCAAAUUACGCGUUAGUUGGCUUUAUAGACCUGCUGACGUGAAGCUUAACAAGGGCAUCCAACUCAACGCUGCACCAAACGAGAUCUUCUACUCUUUCCACCAGGACGAAGCAUCUGCUGUUUCCCUGCUGCAUCCUUGCAAAGUUGCCUUUUUACGUAAAGGUGUUGAGCUACCAGCUGGAAUUUCUUCAUUUGUAUGUUGGCGUGUAUACGAUAUUGACAACAAGUGCUUAUGGUGGCUUACUGACCAGGAUUAUAUUAAUGAACGGCAGGAAGAAGUAAAUCGGCUUCUACACAGAACAAGGCUAGAAAUGCGUGCCGCAGUGCAGUCAGGUGGACGCUCUCCAAAGCGGUUAAAUGGCCCAUCAGCUUCCCAACAACCGAAGACCUCUUCAGAUGGUACUCAGAAUGGUGGUUUAUCUAAAGGGAAGAAGAGAGAUAGAGGUGAGCAGGGAAUUGAUCCAGCUAAACGGGAUCGGGAUCGUCUUGUUAAGGUCGAUGACAGUGAGCCUGGAAGCUUUAACUUGGAAGAUAUAAAGUCCGAGGUAGCAAAGAUAACAGAAAAGGGUGGACUUCCAAAUGCAGAAGCAGUUGACAAGCUUGUACAUCUUAUGCAACUUGAUCGGACUGAGCAAAAGAUAGACCUUGCUGGCCGGGUUGUACUUGCUGAGGUUAUUGCUGCUACUGAGAGUCUUGAUUGCCUUGGCAGAUUUGUACAAUCAAGAGGCCUUCCCGUGUUGGACAGUUGGCUUCAAGAGGCACACAAAGGGAAGUCUGGUGAUGGGAGCAGUCCUAAAGAAGCAGAUAAACCUAUUGACGAACUUCUCUUGGCCCUGCUUCGCGCACUAGCGAAAUUGCCUAUUAAUCUCAGUGCAUUGCAAAGUUGUAGUAUUGGGAAAUCUGUCAAUCAUCUGCGCAGCCAUAAAAAUUUGGACAUUCAGAAGAAAGCUAAGUGUCUUGUUGAGAACUGGAAGAAGCGUGUUGAUGCUGAAAUGAAGUCAAAUGAUGCGAAGCCUUUAGCCUCAGGUCAAUCUGUUUCCUGGUCAGGAAAAGCAGGUUUCCAAGAAAUUUCAAAUACUGCAAACAAACGAGGUGGCUCAAGUGAGAGCAGUCCAAAAAAUCCAGUGCCCACUGUUUCAUCAUCAAAAGUUUUGACUGAUAAACCUGGGGGCACAGAUGCAGCUGCGAAGUUGAAUCCUGUGGUACCUGCCUCAUCAAAACUACAACAUAUGCAACCAACAAAUGUCGCCACCAACUUGAAGGACCAGCCCUGUAAAUCAACUGGUGGGACUGGUGGUUCUGAGCUACCUACUGUGAAAGAGGAAAAAAGCAGCAGUUCAAGCCAAUCACCGAACAACAGCCAGUCGUGCUCUAGUGAGCCAUCAAAGGAUGCGAGAAGUUCAACUGCUGCUUCUGGUGGUGCUAGUAAACCUUCUGGAAGUUCCUCACGGAGCCAUCGGAGGGCAAACAAUGGUCUUGUUUCAGGGAACCUGAAGGAAGCAUCUGCGGGAAGAUCUGUUUCCCUUGAUCGAUCUUUGCUGCAGGAUAAAUCAUCUCAAAGUGGGACGGCUUCUGAAAAAGGAGUUGAUACUCCAGCUGAUCACGGAAACAAUCAUAGAUUGAUUGUUCGGUUUCCAAAUCCUGCUCGUAGUCCUGCUAGAAGUGCAAGUGGAGGAUCUUUCGAGGACCCAUCUGUUACUGGGGGUAGAGCUUCAUCUCCUGUGGUCGCAGAUAGACAUGAGCAGACUGACCGCAGAGUGAAAAUGAAGACUGAAAGUUCUCGGCCUCAUUUAGCUUCUGAUGCUAAUGCAGAGUCUUGGCAUAGCAAUGAUAUUAAAGGAGCUGAGGAAGGUGAUAAAUCACCAUGUGCUAUGUUAGAUGAUGACAACAGCAGGACUCCUGACGAUUCUGUUAAGGAUGCACAUGUAUCACGAGUUGCAUGUUCUUAUAUGAACGAAAAAGUUGUCUGCUCAAGUGAAACUAGGGUGGGAAAUUCAUUCAGCCCAAUGAACGCUCUGAUUGAAAUUAAGUACUCUGAAGCUAGUCAUUCAUUGCAAGAUGGAGAUGACACGGCUAUGAAUCUUCUUGCUAGUGUGGCAGGAGAAAUAUCUAAAUCUGAAUUGGUUUCCCCAUCUUCUUCCCCCAGAAGUUCAUCUGCAAAGAAGUUGGUCUGUGAGGGUGACAGUACUGGAAAGUUUAAAGUAGAAAGCGACGUGGGUCCAUCACAGGAUUCAGGGCCGACAGAUGCUAAGAAAGUCAUUGUGGGGAAGGAAGUGAAAAAUGAUGCUUCUUUGGUUGCAAAGGAGGAACAAUGCCAAACUGUGCUAUCUCCUGAGCUAGCGGAUCCUAAAGCAGUUGGAUCUUCAGCCAAAGUUGAAAUCCAUGAAGGGCGUGCAAACAAAUGCAACUCUCAACCUGCUUCAGUCGAUUCCAAAGGUGAAAAUCCGGAUGCCUGUACUGUCCAUAGAAAAGUUGAAGAUGGUUGUACAGACAAAGAUAGCGCUGUUGAAUCUGCAUUGGGCAGCCAGUGUAGCUUGGUUGUUUCCAAUAGAAAUUCAAAAUUGAUCCUUGCCGGGGAAUCUUCAUUGUCUGCUGCUGAUAAACAAGCCCAGGGUUUGUUAAAGUCAACUAAUAAUAAGCAGCUUCUGGGUGUAUCAGACCACCCACGAACCUUUGAUAGACGUGACAGUAUUGCUGGCAAAUUAGAUUUGAUGGCUACGGAGGUGAAAAAGGCUGAUGCUGUUCGAGAUAGUAGCACAGUGCAGAAUGAGGAUGAAAAGAAGGAACAAGCUACUUCCUCUUUGGCUGAUGUUACCAAACUUGUAGGAGCAGCGUCCCCACUUGGUGUGGCAAAUGUGAUUAAGGAGACGAAAGAAUCAAAAGACAGUUCCAGUGAAUCCAAUGUUCAUGUAAAACCUGAAGGUCUUAAUUCUCAGCAAAGUGAGCAUAGUGCAAAGCAGAGUUCAAAGAAAUCCAGUGAUGGUGUGAGUGGAAAAGAGGACGGAAAAGAAGACCUAGUCUCAUCAGAUGAGGGUUCUUCUCUAGCUGCUCGCACAAAGUCAAAUUCUACAGCCAAGCUUGACUUUGACUUGAAUGAAGGGAUACCUGGGGAUGAUUGCCAUCAGUCUGAGCCAGCUGUCUCACCUGUUAUAUGUUCCUCAGCGAUCCAUUUACCUGGUCUUUCGCCAUUCACUUCACCUGUUACAAGUGGGCUGCAGCCGGCUCCAAUAACAGUAGCUGCUCCAGCUAAAGGACCCUUUGUUCCCCCUGAUAACCUACUAAGAGCGAAGCCUGAGAUUGGGUGGAAAGGUUCAGCAGCUACAAGUGCAUUUCGUCCUGCUGAACCGAGGAAGGUGUUGGAGAUGCCUGUCACCACACGUGACAUUCCAGUAUCUCAUACUGCUGGGAAGCAGUCUCGUCCCACCCUUGGCUUUGAUUUGAAUGUUGCAGAUGACCAAGCUCUUGAGGAAGAUGUCCCGCAGAGUUCUGCACAGACUACUUGUUCUGAAUCUGGAAAUACCAGAAGUCGUGAUGGCUCUUCACGAAGUGCUGGCAUUGAGUUUGAUUUGAACAGAGCUGAUGAAGUUGCAGACAAUGGCCAAUUUGUACCAAAUGCUGCACACAGAGUUGAAGUCCCGUUGUUACCAGCAAGAGCAUUACCUGGAGUCUUCUCUAAUACUGGCAUGAAUAGCUCGAGAGACUUUGAUCUUAAUAGUGGGCCGGGCCUUGAUGAUGCUGGCACCGAACCCACACCAAAGAAUCUACCUACUAAAAAUGCAGGCAGUAUUCAAUUCCUACCACAAGUUCCUGGCGUUAGGAUGAAUAAUGCUGCCAUGAGUAAUAUAUCACCAUGGUUUGCCUCUGCCAACCCUUGUGGUCCAGUGCCGAUGCAAUCAUUUUUGCCUUCUAGAGGAGAACAGCCUUACCCAAUUGAGGCAGCACCUGGAACCCAGCGGAUUAUUGCGCCUACAGCUGAAAGUGGUCAAUUUGGAGGUGAUCCCAGCAGGGCUCCAGUUAUUUCAUCGUCUCCAACAAUGGUUUUUCAUCAGCCUGCAUAUCCGUAUGCAGGAUUUGCUUUUCCUCCCAGUGUUCACCUUCAAACACCGGGAUUUUCAAUUGGGUCAACAACAUUUCCCAACUCUGUUCCGUCAGGGGUGCCGUAUUUUCCUGCCAUUUCUCCAUCGCUUGUUGGGCCAACAGGUGCAUUACCAUCCCAUCAUUCAAGGCAGUAUGCAAUAAAUCUUGUUGAGGGCAGCAGCAGCAGUGGACGUGACAAUAAUCGUAAAUGGGAAAGUCAGGGCCUUGAUCUUAACUCAGGCCCUGGAAGUAUAGAUCUAGAAGGAAAGGAUGAACGGGCACCUUUACAAAUUAGACAAAAUUUGAUCCCACCCCCACAUGGCUUUGCAGAGGAGCAAGGAAGAAUUUACCAAAUUCCAGUUGUAGGAACAAAGAGGAAGGAACCUGAUGGCAGUUGGGACACAGAAAGAUCUACAUACAAGCAAUUAUCGUGGCAAUGAGGGCUCUGAAGGAGAUCAGUUAGCAGCGACUUGUCUGCACUGAGCAUAGGUCCUGCAAUGUAGAACUUGGGCUGGGUGUUCUUCCGUCACUGGACUAUACUCAUGGAUCCAUCCCAACGACGAUGAUGCCGGGUUGUGAGGAAAGAAGAAACUUUGCUGUAAUUGUUGUAGAUUUUUCUUAGCUGUUAGGCUUUUGGUUCUAAUUUACUCAGGAGGGUAUGGCUUUGGAGGUGGAAUCUUGUUGAUCCUGAGCUCUGGAGCCGCUGUAAUUAGACCGUCCGCUCUGUUUGUUGGUGAUAAACUGUUGAGCACAUGCUGCAGCUUUACAUAAAAAUUUAGAUGUGACUUUGUACUUUGUUGGGGAAGCGUUACUUCAGCUGACCAUGUAAGCACUGCUGCACUGGUGCAGCGUCUAGCGUGACGAGUUGCGCCGUCAUGUAUCUUGUGUUGCCGUGCAGCUGUAUGUAUAAGAAUUCCAGCAGAUCAGCAAAGUUAUAUUUUGUUGCUGUUUCUCUGACAUCGACUCUUAUCGACAUCCGGUUUGCAUCA